AUGUUCACGGGGCGGAUUCCUGCCAGUAUUGCACAGGAUAUUGACGAAGAAGUAACAGCCAAAAUUCGUCUCCCACAGCGUGUAACCGCAAGUUCACCUGAAUACUUUGUGCGCUUAGACGAAUGCAGUACAAAGGAUGGCGUUGGUGGAGUUGGGCCAUUUACAACGGCACACGAAGUUGUGAAAGCCUUGUGUACGAGUAAACGGGUGGGGCAGGCAUUAAAGCGAGUCCUCCGCAGCACCGAACAGAGGGUUGGAACAUACUUGCAUUUGCUCCCUUGGAAGCCAUUUGACGAGACCAACGAGUUCCGCGCCUUCAUCGCACAACGACGCCUUGUUGCGUUGAGUCAGUACAAAUGGAAGGAGGAUCUUGGGUGGGCAGACCCGUCGCGAGAACGUAUGCUUCAAGAAAUCGUCGCUGAUGUUGAGACACUUGUCAGCGAACUCAAUCAAAGGGCGCAAAAUGCUGACAAAAACAUGCCAGAAUGCUAUGUAUUGGAUGUUCAUGUAUCUCUAGUGAAGAGUGAGGACGAACAAGUUUGGUCUUCGGCACGGGUAGAGCCGAUCGAACUCAACUCGUUUGGAGCGCAGAUGGCGGCUGGGUCUGCAUUAUUUCAUUGGAUACAUGAUCAUCAGCGACUGUAUGGUUUAUUGGAUGGUAUUGAGGUUAGAGUGGUGUCAUCGGCCAACCAUGGAGAUAAUGAUGAGGUUGAAAAUGUAUAUAAAUAA